ACAAAUGCAAAACAAGGAUGUUGCUGCCGCCGCCACUUGGCUAACACACACACAUAUGUUCCCCAAUCUGAGCCGCUUUGAGCCUCACUGUUUCAUCUGGUGCUAUCAGGGCUGAUGAGAGCCUCUUGUCUUUCUGGGUCUGCUGCAGCUGCUGUGUGCACAUCGAGUCUCAGUCAUGCUGUGAAGGCAUGUUUGGCUCUUGUCCGUGAGCCAGCAACCAGAUUUGUGUGAAUUUUAAACUUCCAGGCUUGUGUUAUGGUUUUGUCAUCAUGAUAUCCACAGUGAUUGUUGUGCUGCUGGCAUUUGUGAGUGAGGCGAAGAAUGAGGAUGACAUACAGCCAUGUGCCAAAGUCCAGACAUCCAGCUCAGUGGUGCUUCUGGGGUCACCUGUUACAGCCACAUGUGUCGUCAGAGGGGACUGCCCUCUGGUGGCCGGACAAGCUGUUCAUAUAGAGUGGCGCCUCGGCAACCGCUUUAUUCCCAGCAACUCCACGGUCAAUGGGAGUGACACUGUUUCUGAAGCCGUAAUAUCAAACUUCAAUCAGACCAGGGAACUUCUCACUUGCUACAUCCAGAACCCUACUCCCCAGGCUGUUGCUGGAGUGGUGAUUCGAGCAGGAUAUCCACCAGAAGCCCCGCAAAACCUCAGCUGUCUGACAAACCUCACCAAACCUAACACAAUGACCUGUAGCUGGGACCCUGGCCAGCGGGAGACACACCUGCUCACUAACUACAGCCUCCACACAAACAUAUGGGAUUUGAACAUAAACCGUGUUUAUGAGCUGCCGUCAGGAAUCCACCACUACACCAUUCCUCGCUCUGGCUUUAGUCUGUCCGCUGAAAUGAAAAUACAAGUGAAGGCUGUCAAUGAGCUGGGAGAGGCAUCUUCAGGAGCUCUGAUUUUGGAACCCCUUGGUGCAACUAAGUUUGACCCACCUGAGAUUCUGAAUAUGGAAGCGGUGGCUAAAAAGUACGGCUGCCUGAGGCUGAGAUGGAGUAUGUCCAAGGACCAGGCCUGGAUACAGGAUAGUCUGAACCUACAAGUUCGGUUUAAGACAGUUGACAGUAGCCAGUGGAGUGAACAAAUCUUUGAGAGCCGUGUCAGAGCUGUGAACCUGUGUCAACUCCUUCAUGGGACUCAGUAUUUGGCCCAGAUUAGAGUGAGGUACAAGCAGAGCCCCUGGAGUGAUUGGAGCGGCAGCCAGUCCGGAGUCACCUUGGAGACUGCUCCCACUGGACGCCUCGACUGGUGGAUGAAGGUGUCAGGGGAUCAGAUGCCCAAACAACUUAACGUACAAUUGUUUUGGAAGCCAUCAAAACAAUUCCGUGCCAAUGGUCAAAAUGUGUCAUAUAUCGUCACAGCGCAAAAAACGCCGGGAGAAAAGGGAAAGUUGUGCUUUACAAGAGAGAGUUAUUGUUCUCUUCGGGUUCCUGGAAGAGCAAAGAAAGUGUAUCUGAGAGCUGUAAAUGCAGCAGGGAAAUCCCCACCCACUGAGGUUCGGAUUUAUCAACCCAAAGCGUAUACUGCAGUAUCAGAAGUCACGGCUGUUCCUUAUGAUGACACAUCACUGCUGGUCUGGUGGAAAAGUGGCGUUACUCCUGGCCUCAUUGGUUACGUGGUGGAAUGGAUCCCUUUGUUAGAAACAGGCCCCUCCCACUCCCAGUUUGAAAUCGCUGACAAAAACCAAUCCAGCCUUGUUAUAACGGGCAGCUUUGAGCCCUACAAGCCCUAUGGGAUCUCUGUAUAUCCUAGAUUUAAGGAUGGGAUAGGCCUUCCACAGACUGUUAAUGCCUACUUGAGACAAAAGGCUCCAUCCAUGGUUCCAAAAAUGAAAAUGAAAAAGUCUUGGAAGCCAUAUAUUGAGGUUACCUGGGAUGAAAUACCGUUAGACCAAAGGAAUGGAUUUAUCCAGAACUACCAAAUCUUCUACUGGGAAGAGGAAGGACCCAUCAACAUUGUGAAUGCAGAUCCAGAUGAGAGGAAGGUGACCCUGAAAAACAUCAACACCAUGCAUCUGUAUAAAGCUUUCAUGAUGGUUAGCACGUCUGGUGGGAGCAUAAAUGGAUCGACAUUUGAAUUUCAGUUUGAGUCUUUUGAUGCAGUUACUGUUGAGUUUAUUGCAACUGGAGCUGGUGGACUGAUAUUUGUUAUGAUCAUUGUCAUUUUUCUGGUGCUGACUUGUUUCUCCAAACAAAAAAGGAUUAAGGGUCAUUUCUGGCCAGCUGUUCCAGAUCCAGCAAACAGCAGUGUCAAACGAUGGACAUCAGAAUCAACUCAGGAUUCCUAUCCUUCCUGGGACAACGAGGAGCCCAAUCCAAUAUACCUGUCCCACCUCAGCUUCCUGGACCUCCCUAUGAAGUCAGACAAAGAAGAGGAUGAUCUUUGGUUAAACAAUGCAGAGGACACCAGUGACCUGGGGGAGUCCAUCUGUGGCUCACCAUUCAUCCCUGGAUACUCUGGGUCAAAUAGUGACUCUAUUCCCUAUGCUACUGUGAUCUUCUCUAGUCCAUGUAACAGCCCACCACCCAAAGAACCUCAUGUGUACUUGCGCUCUGAAUCCACACAGCCCCUCUUGGAGGCAGAAGAACCCUUCAGCCCGAAGUGCUACCAGAACAUGACGCCUGUUGGGAUGUCAGGGGAGCAGUGUUUAUUUGGACCGUCCCAUGAUGGUGUACCUGAAGAAGGGCCAGACCCUGUUGCUCUCUGGGAUGACUUUCCUUUUCUGCGAGCAUUAGCCAUGAAUGAUACUCAAAAUGACUGAAUGUAUUCUGCUGAUUAUAAGAGUAGCCGUUCUGCAAGAUGUUUAUGAAAAGCUGAGUUUUGUGUAAUGAGCUUUGUCUAACAGGUUGCAUAGCACCAAUCUGUAAAUGCAAACGUGAUUUUAUGCUUUUCAUUUUUAAAAUUAACGAUUAUUAUGGCCAUGCUUUGUUUGUACCACAAUUUGUGUAAAAAUCAUCUUUUUGGAAAAUAAAGUUUUUUUAACCAUAAAAAA